GUUCCCCAGCUGCGAAACGGAAGGACAAAAAUACAGAAGCAGUUCCACCGAAGCCCGUUGGAAAGCAAAAAUGCUUGGAUGUCUGAGUUUGGGCGCCCCCUUUCGGCGUCACCUUGCCGCCGCAGCCGUGUUUCCUCCAGGGAGCGUCCCGGAGACAAGUAAUGGCGAAAGGCGGGAGAGAGUCUUUUUUUUGUUUGUUUUUGCUCCAUGCACAGCACUUUGUCUCCAGCGCUCAAUAAAUACAGCUAAGUUGAGAGGUGAGUUGACGUCACGCCCAGGCGGCGGAGGAACGAUGGUUCGGGGCUCGGCUCGGCUCCAGCUGCCCGGGCGGGAGCGGGGCUCCGUGACGCACGAGGGAGGCGCGGCCACGUGCCCCGUAAAAGCGGCGCGGCGCAGGUCGCGUCCCACUCGGAACUCGGCAUCGCGCAGGCACUCGGGCCAUGAUCGGGAAGAUGACCGCCUCCGAGAACGGGUUGAACAUCCCGGCCAAGAACCGCCGCAGGAUGGUGAUCCUGGGCUCCAGCGAGGUGGGCAAGACGGCCAUCGUCUCGCGCUUUUUGAGCGCGCGCGUGGACGAGCAGUACACGCCGACCGUCGAGGACUUCCACCGGAAGCUCUACAGCAUCCGCGGGAGCGUUUACCAGCUGGACAUUUUGGACACGUCCGGGAACAAGCAUCCUUUCCCUGCCACGAGGAGGCUCUCCAUCCUCACAGGCGACGUGUUCAUUCUGGUGUUCAGUCUGGACAACCGAGACUCCUUCCAGGAGGUGCAGCGGCUCAAGCGGCAGAUCUCCGAGACCAAGUCGCGCCUGAGGAACAAGACCAAGGAGAGCGCCGAGGUGCCGCUGGUCAUCUGCGGCAACAAGUGCGACCGCGAGUUCCAGCGGCAGGUGCGGAGGGAGGAGGCGGAGCAGCUGGCGGGCGCCGACGAGGGCCCCCGCUGCGCCUACUUCGAGGUCUCGGCCAAGAAGAACACCGACGUGGACCGCAUGUUCCGGGCGCUCUUCGCCAUGGCCAAGCUGCCGGACGAGAUGAGCCCCGGCCGCCACUGCAAGGUGUCGCCGCAGUCGUGCGAGCUGCUGCGCCGCAAGUCCUUCCGCGCCGGGAGGUGCAAGGACGCCUACGGCAUCGUGACGCCGUUCGCGCGCCGGCCCAGCGUCCACAGUGACUUGAUGUACAUCAGGGAGAAGGCCGUGGCCGGAGCUCAGGCCAAGGAGAAAGCCUGCGUCAUUUGCUGACGCCGGACGCGGCGCCACAAAGGCGCUAACUUGCCCCGCCGAACUUGAAACUUUGCCACCCGACGAACAAACCCCAACAUGUAGUCACUUUUGCAUCCGAUCCA